CGUCAUGUUCACUCGGUUGAGAGUCAGACUCGGGUGGUGGUGUCGCUCCGGGAGUUUGGGUGGUGUUUAAUAUUUUUAUUAGACUUUAAGUGGAUCAGUAGGAUUUGGAUUCGCCGCGGGGGAAGUGUUAUUAUCAGAAAAAGAAAAACAAUUCGGACUAACUGGACUCUGUGUUUUCUGUAGAUGAAGGUGGAAGUCAGAGAAGUGUGAGGUUAAAUCUCAUCUGACAUUAAAACGCAAUGGAAAUGAUUUUUUCAGCGGCGGCGCGCGCGUCACGCGUUCAGAGCAAUUUUCCGAUUUUGAUGCGACAUUAAAUAUUUUUUUCCCCAAGAACUGAAUAUUGUAUGUUUUAAAAAAGUUCAGGAUAUAGAGAAAAUGAAACGACUGAAAGCCGUGGGGAGAUGAAUUUUACACUUUCACAUCCUGAUGGAGAAACAUCUGGUCCGUCCUGGUAUGCGCGCGCACACACUCGUCCUUCUGACCUGCUUCUCCUUUUGGAGAUUCUUAAGAUCCCUCUGGAGAUCCUCCAGGUCCAGGAGAGCUUUACUUCUCGCCUUUGCCUGCUUGCUCUACCUCUUCUGCUUGGAGUUGUGGAUCAUCCGUGGAGAUCAUGACCGAAACCUGACCGAGGGCAGGAGAUGGAUGUUGGAAAGGAUUCCAGGUUCUCCGUCUCCAACGCGCUCCAACGUGGUUUACAUCACCCUCAAAACCAAAAAACACAAACCCUCCAUCUUGAGAGCGACGCUGCGUCCCAAAUCACGUAGGAAGAAGGCGAGGAACGUGAAGAACCAAAGCCGAGAAGCAGACCACCAUCAUGGAGAAGAAACGCUGAGGCAUGCUGAAUCUAGAGACCCCUGGAGACAGGCCCUCCAUUCAUUUUAUAAACCAAGACAGCUGAGUGAUGAUGACGAGAACACUGGAAGCUCCAUCAGGAUCUACAGCCAAAAAUCUCCACCGUGGUUGAGCCAAGCUGAUAUAGACACCAUGCGAUUCCUCUCCAAGUGCAGAAUCGGUCGUGUGGAAGUUCUCGAACCGGAGAACGCUUCUCCCAUGCUCCUGUUUAAGAGUGGGAGAGGCUUUAACCGGAGCUCGGCCCACACAGGAGAGUGUGAUGGACGAUGUGGGGUCAUUAAGAGACCUGAGGACAUAAGUGAAGUGUUCGCUUUCCACCUGGACCGAAUUUUAGGGCUCAACCGGAGUUUAGUGACCAUCAGCAGGAGGUUCCGUGCUCUGGACGGUCAGCUGUGUCCGGUGACCCUGUUCGACCCGUCUGUCGUCACGGUGGCCGAGUCGAGCUCAGGUUCUCUUAGGUGGAGCUCGUAUCAGACGUGGUUACAGUACCGGUGCUGGCAGCGCGGUGUUCCCAAACCCGAGUGGAGCUGCGGCAGCCUUCAUCAUCACGAGUGGAGCAAAGUGACGCUGUUCGACUUCCUGCUGCAGAAUCACCAGCGUCUGGACAGGAACUGCUGCGGCUUCAGGCCACGCCCACAGGACAGCUGCGUCCAGCUCGGCUAUCACAGAGACUGCGGUCAUGAGGACAAGCUCGAGCUUUCACACAUCGUCCAUCGCAAGAACGACCCCAGACGCCUCGUCUACGUCAACAACCACGCCUUCUUCGACCGGGACGAAGAAAACCUUGACUUCAGACUGCUUGAGGGAAUCAAAGAACUCCCUGAAGUAGCAGUGAGUGUGUUGCGCUCUCAGCGUCUCAGACAGAACCUCCUGCAGUCUCUGUUUGUGGAUGAACAGUUCUGGGAGAAUCAGGGAGGACGUCGAGGCAUCGACAAGCUCAUUGACGUGAUCGAGAGGCGAGCGAGAGUCUUACUGCGCUACAUCAACGCUCACGGCAUCAACAUCAUCACCAUGAACUCCUGAGCAACCGCAGGACUCGUCUUCACUAAUUAAUUUAUUCAUUAAAGUUCAGCAAUCACACCAGUGUACAGAUACAGAUAUGUAGUGCUGUUCUGGGUCACUUCCUGUCACCUCUUCACCUUCAUCACUUCUAUCAUCAUUAGUCUACUGUAACAAUUUUAUGAAAUGUUUUUGGCCAAAAAUAAACAUCAGUUGUCCGUUCA